CAACUGUCAACAAACACAAGGUCAGAACAUAAACAUUUCAGUCAUUUUUCAGGCGCUUUCAGGAGAUGUGAUCGACUUAAGAUCAACCUGCUGAAAUGGCCCGUAGGAUAUUUAAACACUUCAAGUUACAGGCUCAUAGCUUUAUAGUUUCAAACUUUAAACAGUGUUCAACAAUGGAUAAGGUGCACCAGUCGGCGGUCGAGGGUUUUCAAAAGGGUUCAGCCUAUGACCAACAUCGACCCUCCUACACGGACGAGCUUAUCACACAUGCAGUCAGUCAGCUCCACACAGGGGGAGGGGAUGGCGUUCAGUAUGAUAUCUUGGAGCUUGGGGCUGGGACGGGGCUGUGUACUCGGAGGAUGCUGGAAAAAAUUCCACAGGGUUUGAGGUACCUGGCCAGUGACUUCUCGGAAGGCUUCUUGACCACACUAAGAGAGCAAUCCCCGGGGGUACAAACACAAGUGUUCACGGCCAACAACAUUCCCCUACCUGAUGCUUCUGUAAAGAACAUCAUAUGUGCGCAGUGUUUCCACUGGUUUGCGAAGGAAGAGGCCCUGACAGAGAUGAUGAGGGUCCUGGUGCCUCAGGGACGCGUGAUGCUACUAUACAACAACAAGCUGUACCAGACGGUGCCGUGGCUGGGUGAGAUGGAGGACGUCCUAACCUUGUAUUAUGGAAACACCCCCCGCAAGUUCUCCGGACACUGGCUCAAUGUCAUACAGGCAUGCCAGUCCCUUCGGCUCGUAGAGCACAAGUUCCUACCUGGCAUUACGAAUAUGAAAGGCGACAAACAAUUCAUUAUGGACCAUUAUUCAACUAUCAGCGUGAUAAGUCGUCUCCAAGGGAGCAAGCGUGAGGAAGCGUUGGCUGGGUUUCAACGGGUCCUCGAUAAACACUUUCCAGAAGAUCAGGAAAUAUUGCUCGAAAUGGACUCUGAAUUAUAUUGUGUAGAAAAACUAUGAUGACGUAAAAUCUGUAGAAUAUCCUGAGUAAAUGUGGUCCACAUGCUUUGUAUGCAAACUAUAUUAUUUCUUUAAAGCUGCACACUCACAGAUAAACCAUUUAAAAAAAUUGUCUUGGAAUGUGCCAAAUUUUGUGUAAAUUUCUGGAAACCAGUUAUAUAAGACUGGUGAUGGCAGUUUAAAAUAUUAACUUUCGAAAAUUGAUGUUAAAUGGCUAAAAGCAUUUAUAACGCUUUAAGAAAAAUGUAAUUUUGGGCAGUUUUCAAAACGAUUGAGAUUUGUUCUAUUGUGAGCUAUCUUAAAUGACUGAAUUGUGAGCAUUAAUGCCAAAAUCAGCUGAUUCUGAGACAGAAAUUGAAAAGUAAAGUGAAAUCAGUCAAUCUGUGAGAGUGCAGCUUUAAAGAGAGUAUGGGUUAAUUCCAACUUUAGGGACAAUUUAACUAUAUCAUUUAUUUUUAUGUGUUAUAUCAUUCGAAAUGGCUCAAAGUAUUCUUUUUUUAUGAAAUCAUUAUGAUCAGUUCAAUUUAUUCUUCAUGCUUCAGUUAACAUAGUUUCAAAUUGAGGCUUCCUUCUUUGAGCUAAUAACCUUGUGAUGCCCCUCAGUUAUAUAAUGGAUAUUUAGGUUUGAAUGUACAUGAAAUAAUUAUCUGCAUUGCAUCUAUCAACUAUACAUUUUAUUUUUUACGUCUUUGCUACAUUAGUAAAUAAUAUACUUGUUCUACAAAUUUUCACUAUUUCGUCAUUGAACUAUGAUUUCCUUUUGUUUUUUUAUAUUCAUAUUUUUAAAAGUACAUAGAGGAUGAUUAUUUGGUUCAGUGUAAUUAACAACAUUUAUAUAUUGAAGUACGUGUAUUCACAUUUGGUGUUCAAAAUCAGUAUCAAAAUCAAAGUAUCUUCACAGAGAAACCAGUUUAAUCCAGGUUUUAACUGUAAUUUUAAUGUGGACAAAGGGAGAGUAAAAUAAUAAAAAUAGAAAUCUAAAUUGCAUUACCUCCCUUUAGCUAUAACUUGAUAAGGACCUGCAGUUCCUACAUAUUAUACUUGUACAUUGUAGUUUGUGUUUCUUAAGGAUCUGAUGAUUUUCUGAAUAAGUAGAAAUAUAUAUAUUAUUUGAGAAAAAAAAUCAAAAGCUCUGGGUGACAACUUUCAUCGUAGACCAGUUCACUACCUUCCCUGUUACAAGAUAAACAGUCUAAUGCAGAAAAAAAUGUGUAUAAGUUAUGGGCGAGAGCGUAGCUGACUAAGCUGACAUCUGACUUUUGAUGACCAUAACUUUUGCCUUAUAAAUAAUACUAGGAUGGAAUUUAUACCUAGGAUGAUUUUUUAAAUAGAGGUAUUGCAUUGCUGAAAAAUCUAACCCAGAUAUGAAACUGCAUCUUAAAAAUAGAAAAGUGGAUGAAACAGCCCCAUGGAAACUAGAGCCACUACAUUAUGUUAUAAGGGCCUCAAAAUGAAAGCUUAUUUGAAAAGGGGAGUAAAUCAAGGACAUGUUGAAAGUCAAGACAAGUAACUCACAGUGUAAAAAUUGCUAUUGCAUUUAAAUGAUUGUUCAUUAAUAUUUUUUUCUGUGAUAUUUCAAUUUUAUUAAAUCAUAGAUCGAAAAACAUAUUUAUUGGCAUCAACUUAAUACCCAUUUUCACUCUCUUCCUGCAAUGCACUUGUUUGUCAAGGGAGACAAUUGGGAACAAAAGGACAGUUAUGGUUUUGUUUUUUUGUCAUUCAAAGGAGUGCAGUUUGGUCGAGUUGUUAUUAUUCUUAUACAUAGCCAUCUAUUGAUACCAUUCACUUUCAUCUGAAAAAGGUCAACUUCUGAUAAAAAGUAAAUUCAACACUUGAAAAAUAGUUAAUUCUAAGGGAGGGAAUCAGGGAACAGCAGGCCACAUAGUUAUGGUUCUUCAAAUGUACACAAGUCAAGCAUGUAAUACAGUUUAACAAUAUUUCAAUGUUCAUUCACUUUCAUUGAAGUUGAUACAUUGAAUGGUUUUAAAAUUACUGGUAUUCAGAAAAAAAAUCAUUAAAAAUGUGGUUGGUUAGACAAACAGGGUAUAACUCUAGGGCACCCGGAAUUUUUUAUCAGAAUUGAGUUUCAUUCCAAUCUGUACAGUGCAGAAAAGCCUCAAGUUACUGCAAUCUCACAGUAACUGCAUGUUGACCAUUUGAAAUAAAAAAAUUGUCUUAGAAUGAUUCAAAUUUUGUGUAAAUGUCAGGAAACCAGUGAUAUAAGAUUUCUGACCAAAGAUUAGACUGCAGCAAUUCAUAUUCAUUGUCAAAAAAUAAUGUUUUAUGGCUAAAAAAGCGUAAAUCCUAAAGCUUCCUGUAAAGAAAAAUGAAAUUUUUAGUCAUUUUAGAACAAUUGAUAUCUGUUCUAUUGUGAGUUAUGCACCAGUCAAUAACCACGGUCCCCCCAGGUCCGGGGGUAUACCGGGGAUAGCAGGGUAAAUGGGCCGUGUUUUUACUUUCCAGGUGGCUGCAGUGCUAGGUGAAUGCGUUGGUUUUGUCUUCAUGCCAAAUAUAGCAGGGAUUGGGCCUUACCCAGGGUCACUGGGGUGCGGGGACAUGAGUUGGGGAUUUUACUAUCAGGUUGUCCCUGCCGGACCGACAUUUUACCCAGGCUUGGCUGGACCGAAAGUCCAAGUCCCCGCUAUUCUACCUGUUUGGUCGUGGUUACAAUUGACUAGUGCAUUAUCUUGACUGAAUUUGCAUCAAUGCCAAAAUCAGCUGAUUUCAAAACAUGUCAAAACUGUCAAUCUGUGAGAGUGCAGUUUUCAGUAAAGUGUUUUUACCUACUUGAAUAUUUUCUAAUAUGUUGUAGGUAUAUUGUGUAUGUUAUUCAGGAUAUUUCAACAAAAUAUAAUAAAAAAGAUAAAACUAUAUGAGUGGUC